GGAAGCGAACACGGACUGAGUAAGUAAGUAAAUAUUCGACAGACUGUGAAGUAAAAUAAUAAGUAUGUCAUAUUUUGUACGUAUUAUGCAUCUUUUCGAGUCGAAUCAAUUUAAGAUAAAGCAUAAGAAAAUCAAUCGUGAUGUAUCGAUUUGUGUAGUUGUUAUAGUACUUGUUAGUCACUAAGCUGAAUGUUGUAUACUAACACGAACGAAUCGACAACCAAAACGAGGUUAAAGUAGAAAGAAUUCAAAAGUAUCGGACGUUUUUGAUCUCAGAGGAUUUUAUUUUUAAAUCUAACUGUAUAACAAUCAAAAGAGCUAUAUGUACAUUGUACUCAGUAUUAAUUUUGUUUUUGUUAAGUUUGUUGAUCCAAGUCUCUGGUUUGUAAACACUUGUGGAUUUCUGUACUUUUCUUCUCUCUGUGAGUAUAUGCACUUACAUGUUACUAGUAUAUAAUGACUUUUUCCAGCUAUUUAAACACGAGAAACAGCAAUUCGAAAUGACAACUGUUGAAGUACAAAGUCCAGAUGUGUCCUACACAUCCGACUUUAUUCAAUCCAACUACACCUACCAUACCACCAAAGUACACACGGAUGCCACAGGAACUACCAUCGCCACCCCUGUCUCCACCAAGUAUUUGUUUCGAACACAGCGACAUGUUCCCAAACUCGGCGUCAUGCUGGUAGGAUGGGGUGGAAACAAUGGUUCAACGGUGACCGCGGCCAUCCUGGCCAACAAGCACAAAAUGGAGUGGCCCACCAAGGAAGGUGUACAGACGGCUAAUUACUUUGGUUCCGUCACACAGGCCAGUACAGUUUUUCUAGGGACUGGUCCUGAAGGGGAAGUCUAUGUGCCACUGAAGUCUCUACUUCCCAUGGUUGACCCUAACGAUAUUGUCUUAGACGGAUGGGACAUUUCAUCGAAGAAUCUAGCAGAUGCAAUGGAGAGAGCCAGAGUACUCGAUUACAACCUACAAACUCAACUAAAACCGUACAUGGAGAAUUUUAAGCCCCGACCUUCAAUAUAUAUACCAGAGUUCAUCGCUGCCAACCAGGCUGAUCGAGCAGAUAAUGUAUUAACUGGUACUAAGCAAGAAAUGAUGACAAAAAUCCGAGAGGACAUUAGAGAGUUCAAAAAAUCUAGCUCUGUCGACAAAGUAAUCGUUUUGUGGACUGCAAACACCGAACGAUUUUCUGAAGUAAUACCAGGUGUGAAUGACACUGCAGAAAAUUUGUUUAACAGCAUUCGGGAAAAUGAAAGUGAAGUUUCACCUUCAACUUUAUUUGCAGUUGCAUCCAUUCUGGAAGGUGUAACCUUUAUCAACGGCUCGCCUCAGAAUACAUUUGUGCCAGGAUGUUUGGAUUUGGCCGAGAAGAAAGGAGUGUUUAUUGGUGGGGACGAUUUCAAAUCGGGCCAAACCAAGUUGAAAUCUGUUUUGGUCGACUUUUUGGUCAGUGCUGGAAUCAAACCACAAUCAAUCGUGAGCUACAACCACCUAGGGAACAACGAUGGUAAAAAUUUGUCAGCUCCUCAGACCUUUCGUUCUAAAGAGAUUUCCAAAAGCAAUGUUGUAGACGACAUGGUAGAAUCGAACAGGAUAUUGUACGACAAAGGCGAGACCCCAGAUCACUGUGUAGUCAUCAAGUACGUCCCCCAUGUCGGCGACAGUAAGCGGGCCAUGGACGAAUACACCUCCGAAAUCAUGAUGGGUGGGACCAACACAAUCGUCAUCCAUAACACUUGUGAGGACUCUUUACUGGCCAGUCCACUCAUCAUUGACCUUAUAGUUUUAGCAGAGCUAUGUGAGAGAAUUCAGUUCAAAGUCGAGAAUGAGUCAAACUUUCAGAAGUUCAACUCCGUGCUGUCCAUUCUGAGUUACCUCUGUAAAGCUCCAUUGGUCCCAAGAGGGACACCAGUCAUCAAUGCCCUGUUCCGACAGAGAUGCUGUAUUGAGAAUAUUCUGAGAGCUUGUAUUGGACUUGCACCGAUCAACCACAUGCUAUUAGAAUACAAACUUCAAAGGCCAGAGACGACCGUCCCCGCCAAGAGUAAACCGUCCACGAAAGCCAAAGUGAACGACAAGGACAUUAGCGACAGUGAUGAUACGGACUGCGAGAAAUGACCUCACUGAAGGAUAGUGGACUCAAUCAAAACUUCUCUCCAGCAGAUUGUCAAUAGAUAGUUAGGUCGCUAAUUAAUUCUGAUUUAUGUUCAAGCAUACAAAAUUCGACAUAUAUCUAAUAGUGAUACAGAUUACAUUACAAGCAGUGGCUGGUGAUUUGGCAAUAAUGUAAGCAACAUUCAUGAAAAGUAUCACCAUUUUCCGUCCAACCCUUUUCUUUUGAAAAUGAAUCAAAUAUUUCAUUUGAACUAACGUUGAAAUACAAUUAUUAUUUGCCGUAAAUGAACUGAUAAUUUUGCAUAGACUACACACUGAUGUGAUAAGGUCCAUGUUUCAAACAGUCCAUAUUUCAUAUCAGUAUACAAGAUGUCUAUUAUACUUCAUAUAGCGAGUAAAAUGUUGAAAUGUUU